GCAUGUGUUGUACCCAUAAUAAUUGGAAUAUGAUUAUUUGCACAUAUAGUAAUAUUUCAUGUUUGUAUAUAGUGUGGCAGUGUUUGCACGUACUCCAUACCCCUACUGGAAUGUGAGUUGUCGGCCAAAUGUGGACAACAAGCUAAUGGGAACCUAAACAUCCAGAAAGAAGGAGCAUUCUGGUAGGCAUCAAGAUGAGUUCCCAAAGUUCUCCAGAGCACUCGGAUAUCACGCCGUUACAGCAGAUGGUUGCCUCCUGCUCUGGCGCCAUCCUCACAUCGCUGUUGGUCACGCCCUUGGACGUUGUUAAGAUCAGAAUUCAAGCUCAGAAGACCCCUUUGUAUAAAGGAAAAUGUUUUGUAUACUGCAACGGACUCAUGGAUCACAUUUGCGUAUGUGAGAAUGGAAAUGCAAAGGCUUGGUACAAAGCCCCAGGGCACUUCAGUGGAACCCUGGAUGCGUUCUUAAAGAUUAUCCGUGGAGAAGGAAUGACGUCGUUAUGGAGUGGGCUCCCACCAACACUAGUCAUGGCUGUGCCAGCAACGGUGAUUUAUUUCACAUGUUACGACCAGCUUUGUGCCAUAAUGAGGAGCAGAAUGGGAGAGAGAGCUGAUCUGGCACCGCUAUUAGCUGGAGCCAUCGCUCGGGUGGGCUCUGCUACAGUAAUUAGCCCGCUGGAGUUGAUCCGCACAAAGCUGCAGUCAGAAAGGCAGUCCUACAAGCAACUCAGUGCCGUGAUUCGCUCUUCAGUGGUGAAUGAUGGUUGGCUCUCCCUAUGGAGGGGCUGGGGCCCCACCAUACUCAGAGAUGUCCCAUUCUCAGCCAUGUACUGGUAUAACUAUGAGAAGAUGAAGAUAUGGCUGUGUGAGUAUCAUGGCACCAGAGAUCCCACCUUCAGCAUCACCUUCAUCGCAGGAGCUCUAUCUGGAUCAAUUGCCUCCAUCGCCACUCUGCCCUUUGACGUGGUGAAGACUAGGAGACAGGUGGAGCUGGGGGAACUACAGGCUAUGAACUUGUCCGCCAAGGCAACGUGCUCGACCCUGGAGGUGAUGAGGAGGAUAGUGGCUGAGAGUGGAGCGGCUGGACUAUUUGCAGGGUUCAUGCCCAGGUUAAUCAAGGUGGCCCCGGCCUGUGCCAUCAUGAUCAGCACGUACGAGUACGGCAAGGCCUUCUUCCGCAAGCGCAAUCAGGAGCAGAGAGGAGAGAGGACGCUGGCCACUCUCCACACAAGCAGCUCCUAAGGCCGGACGACGGUGACUCCAGACAUGAGUCCACGCAGGGAAAAUGAAGUGGAAUUUGAAGUGCUUUUUACAUUCCUCCCCAGAGGACGCAAAGGGACUGGGUCAGACGCGGGGCCUUUUGAUGCCGUUCUCUUAAUAAUGGCUCCAGAGAGAACCAGUUGUGUUCAGACACGGGGCCUUUUGACGCUGUUCUUUUAAUAAUGGCUCCAGAGAGAACCAGUUGUGGUCAGACGCAGGGCCUUUUGACGCUGUUCUCUUAAAAAUCACCCCCCCCAAAUCAUUCAAUCAUUUAACCAUGAGUGUGCAACAGUUAGUGCACCUGGACCCAGAUCAGUCAUUCCUUGGACUGGUGUUAUAAAUGCAGUGUCUUGAAGGGUACAGUAAAGGCCCAUUCACACCAAGAAUGAUAACUAUAACUAUAACCAUAACGAUAAAAGCGUUUACACUGAACAACGAUAAACAAAGUCUCGCAUUGUGUUAAUAAAUGUGAGGGCUAAAAUUC